AAUAAAAAAUUCAAACUAAAUGUAUUCUACGUGAAUACAGAUCGAGUCUUAAUUAGUGAAUUAGUGACUUUUAUUUAUCUUUGGCACUGUAACAAUUUUCAUCUUCAUUCUCGCUAUUUUAACCAAGGAUAACCUAUUGUUAUGUAUCGUAUGAAACAUGUAUGUUUACAAAAAAUAAAAACACGGGCUUAAUCAUAAUUUACAAAUGCAUUUUUUAUUCAAUUAGACGUCUUUUGAAACACUGUGCUUGUCGAAGAUCUUUAAUGAUCACAUGAAUUCAAAUUUUUUAAUUGCAAUCGAAAAAUGAGUGAGUUUAAGCUACACCAUCUUAUUGUUGAAUUAAUUGAAUUACUUGGGUCUUCAUCUGCUCCAGAGAAACAUGUCGAGCGAUUGCAAAAAGAAGGAGCUAUAACAAAUCCAUUAACAUUAAAUACUGUAGCUACUCAAAGCUGCGUACGACAACUUAUUACAAAUUCACCAAAUUCCGAGUUAUUUAUCAAAAAAUAUGAAGAACUUAAGUCAAAAAAGGUUGACUUAUUAGGACCAUUUAUGCAAUUAUUAGAGUUUAUAUCCGUUGAUAGAGAACUAAAAAAAUAUUUAGCUGAAAAUUCAUCGUUAGCUCAAACUACUUCUAAAAGUACAAUUAUUACUAAUGAAGAUCUACCUAAGAUCUUUAAAAAUGUGAUUAAAGCUGUAGUUGAAGGAGAAAAGAAACUUAAUAAACAAACAUGCCCAUUAAAUAGACAAAAUGAUGCAAUACUAACAAAGUAUACAUGGUCUACCGAGAGACCUCGACUAUCAUGGGAUUUUCAAGCAGAUUCUACAAUAUCACUCGCCCAAAAAGUUGUCCCAUCAAUAUCCCAAGAGUCAGUUCUUCUUUGGGAUAUAUUACAGUGUUUAAAGGGAAUCGAUGGAUUUUACAUAGUUUCGGAAAUAUCGAGUUUUUAUAGUCCUGUAACAUUUAAAAUAUCACCGGAUGUUGGUAUAUCAUUUAAACAACUUACUCAGCAAAUUCUUCCACUGGCUUCAUACUAUUCUACUACUAUUCGCUUUGUGGAAGAAAAGGUUCUGCCAGAUGAUGGACAAGUCAAUCAUGCUUUAAGAGGAGCGUUAAGCUCUUUACUCAGAGAUUAUUUAUUAUUUAUCGUACAAUUAGAGAUUGAACAUAUUCGUGGAAAAUUAAAUUUACAAAAAUUGUGGUUUUACAUUCAACCGACAAUGGCAACAAUGUCCAUACUAAAUCAAAUUACGUCAACCAUAUGCAAGGCAAACGCUAGAGGUGGUAAAGUUCUAAGUCUUCUUCAUGAACAAAUAAACCAUAUGAGUAGCGAAGCAAAAUCCAAAGAAUUAUGUUUAUUUUUAAUUAAAGCUGCUAGUAUUCCUUAUAUGGAGAUAUUGGAAAAAUGGGUUUACAAAGGCGUAAUAUGUGAUCCGUAUCAUGAAUUUUUCGUAGAAGACAAUGAAUUAAUUCAAAGAGAAGAAUUGCCAAUGGAUUAUUCAGCGGAUUAUUGGGAAAAGAGGUAUACAAUGAGAACAGAAAGAAUCCCCGUCUUUCUUAACGAACAUGCUCAAACUAUACUUAGAACUGGAAAAUAUUUUAACGUUAUUAGGCAAUGCGGAAAAACUGUACAAUGGGGAAAGCAAGAGCCAUUGGUCUAUCAACAUAGAGAUCAAAAAUUCAUUUUUGCUAUAGAUAGAGCUUAUUCCGAGGCAGCUAGAACAUUACUCGAAGUUUUAAUACAAGAAAACGAUCUUAUGGGACGUUUACGCAGUGUUAAAAAUUACUUCUUAUUAGCACAAGGAGAUUUUGUGGUUCAAUUUAUGAAUUUGUGCGAGGCCGAAUUAAGUAAAAAUAUGUACGAUAUUGUUACUCACCGAUUAUUGUCACUUUUAGAAGUUGCAUUAAGAUUAUCAACUGCAGACUCCGAUUCCUAUAAAGAUGAUUUGAAACCCGAAUUAUUACCUUAUGAUCUUCAAUAUCAAAUGUUUAGAAUUUUAUCUAUUCAGACGACAGAAGAGAAAGAAUAUUGUGCACACGCAGAUAAGGUUUUAACUGGAUUGGAAGCCUUUGUAUUUAAUUAUGAUGUAAAAUGGCCUGUAUCGUUAGUUAUUAAUAGAAAAGCAAUUGCUUGUUACCAAAUGUUAUUUAGGCAUUUAUUUUAUUGUAAGCACGUUGAAAGAUUGCUAUGCAGAGUAUGGAUUAGUAAUAAAAUUGCUAAAACAUUCACUCACGAAGCAGCAAUGGCUUAUCGUCAAGCGUUUUCAUUAAGGCAACGAAUGCUCGAUUGCAUUCAACAUCUUGAGUAUUACAUGAUGGUUGAAGUAAUAGAGCCAAAUUGGCUAACAUUUCUGAAUAAAAUGAGCAAGGUCAGUAAUGUCGACGAUGUAUUGAGUGUUCAUCAUGAUUUGCAAGACAGUUAUUUAAAAGAGUGUAUGCUAACAGAUCCUGAACUCCUAGCCUGCAUAACUGGUCUCUGUGCAGUAUGCAUUGAAUUUUGUGAAUUUAUGCAGCAUAUGAGCCGAUACUUCAUUGAUGCCGAAUUGACUUCCAUGAUUGGUACCUGUCAAGAUGACAUCCUUGAACCUGAGUCUGAAUGCAGUGGUAAUUCUAAUAUCGAAGGAAGUAGUUUUGAAGAAAGAAUUGGUUUCUUGGAUAAUCAAUUUACUGCAGUAUUAAUUCGGUUAUUGAAUAGAAUUUGUGAUUUAGGCUGCGAUAACAGUAACGAAAAACUAUUAAACGUAGUGUGUCGGUUGGACUUUAAUCUCUUUUAUACUCAAAUUCUCGUAAAGAAAGAUUCAUCGAAAAUUGUAAAAAAUACGUCUGGAUGAUUACAAAUUAU